AGUCACAUCAAAUGUCUGGCAAAGGCCGACCCUCGAUUAUACAGGAAAAUUAAGAUAGGUUCGUUGGCUUAUAUGCCGUGAGAUUCAUCACCUCAGAGAGAAAAAUGUGCGCGCGACUGCUUGCAUGUCCGUUGUGCUCACAACCAGGCUUCCGGACUCUCGAUGCUCUUCGUAUGGGCCUCGUGAGCGUUGCAACUCGUCCCCUCGCCUGUCCUGUUUGCAACGAGGUUCUACUUGGCAUCGACAAGCUUACGAUCCAUCUUUUUGGGCAUACGGUCGCUGAGGACAAUGCCGCCGUCGGAGGCGGUAACGAGUCUGCCAAAAUCAUGGAGGUGACCUCGGCUGGGAACGCCGGCGUCCAAGCCAUUGUUUGCAAUACUCAAACAAUACCCGUGCAGUCAUGGAAUGUCCUCAAAACGGCUCAGGCGAGUCUCGAAACAUCUAGUAAACGACAACUCGAGGAAGCUGCCACAGAGCCUACAGCUACCAAUAUCUAUAUACCAAUUGAUGAAAUAGAGGCAUUCAGGAACCUCACCACUCUUAAGGACGACGCGGGCAAUGUCAUACCUGUAACCAGCAGUCAGGUAAAUAAGAAUGGGAUUGCCGAUAUGAAGACAUCCAGCCAGGUUAUCUUCCUACAAAACGUUCAAACGCAGCCCAAAAUAUUUUCAACUAAUCUAAUCAAUCAAAUUAAUCAGACAUGUAAUCAGAAGAAAGACGAAAUUCAUACAACUAUACCUAUAAAAGAGAUCGUUGAUCAGGCAGGCAAAAAGCCCUAUACACAGUUUAACGUUGAAUUCACUUUCGUUGGUACGAUCAUGCAGUCUUCGUGGGUCAACAACGCAAAUACCGAACCAUCGCAGGUAUCUGACUAUCCGCCCUCGCAUACGGAUAGACUCGCGGAUCUCGUGAAAAACGCCCAGAUUACAGCUUCGCCGUUGGGCAAUUUUCAUGAGUCAUUCGAUUCUUUAAAAUCCGAGACACCACCCGAAAUUCCAAGUAAACCACUUAUCAAAUCUACAAGAAUACUGUCGGCCAGCGAGAGGACCGAACGCUGCAAUAUCUGCGGCUUUCACUUCCCGGACAGGAACAUACUGGUGCUACACAAGCAGCUUGUUCAUAUGGCGAAGGAGAAAAAUUCAAACGUUGCUUCUGAAGAUUUGAUGAAAAACUAUCCCUGCCACCUCUGCACAAAGGUUUUCAAGAUGAGAGGCAGCCUUAUGGUGCACAUGCGGGUCGCCCAUUCAGGUUUCAACUCCUCAGCUACCGUCAAAGAACCUUCGUAUAAAACUGAGCAAGGAAGGGAUACAUCGAAGGAGACGGAUAUAUCGUCGAGUAAUGAGCACGAAAGCGGUUACAAUUGUCCCACUUGUGGAAAAAAUUUCAAAAAGGAACAACACGUUACACAGCAUUUAAAAAUCCAUGAAGGUAAGCAAUGGGAAUGUGACGUAUGCGGUAAAAUGUUCACCACAAAGUACUUUCUCAAAAAGCAUAAAAGACUUCAUUCUGGCGAAAUGCCCUAUAAAUGUAAUAUAUGCGAUAAGACAUUUACAUUCCAACAGUCUUAUCACAAACACAGACUUUAUCAUAAGGACGACAAACCACACACGUGUAGUACUUGUAGUCGUUCAUUUAAGGAAUUAUCUACCUUGCACAAUCAUGAACGAAUUCAUACGGGAGAGAAGCCGUUCGCCUGUGAGACAUGUGGAAAAUGUUUUCGACAACGAGUUUCAUACUUGGUACAUCGGCGCAUUCAUACUGGAGUUAUGCCUUAUAAAUGUACAAUGUGUGGAAAAAGUUUUAGAUAUAAGGUUAGUCAAAGAACUCACAAAUGUCAACAACAAUCAUAUGGUUCGAAUAAUUUUGUUGAUGAUCUACUAGACAUGUCUGCAACGAGAGAAACACAAGAGUUAUCAUCUCAAGACGAACAAUCCGUAGAUACGCCUAUAACAAAUGAAGAAAAUCAAUAUGUUUUAGUACUAAAUGACGAUGGUCAACAUAUUCUAAAAAGAAAAUUGGAUGUUGAUAAUACAAAUGAACAAAAUAUUUUAAAUAUAAAUAUUAAUGAACAAAAUAAAGAAAAUUCAAACGAAAGUAACGAAUUCAUUCGGAAUCUUUGGAAUGACGAAAGAUUUAAUAAAAUGGAAUAUAAAAAUAAUUCUAAAGUGGCGGAAAUAAUUUCCAACAAUGAUAAUAAUUCAAAUUUAUGGGACAAAACAUCCAAAAACAAAAUUAAUCCUCCGAUUUUUGACAACAAGAUUUCCAAAGAAUUUAACAUAAAGGAAACGAAUGAUUUUACGAAAAGACUUUGGAAUCAAACAUCAACAAAUGAAGUUGCAUUUGAAAAAAAAACUAGUGAAAUUGAUUCAAAUACUCGGAGUAAUUUUUUUUCUAUGGUAGUAUCUCCUAUAGAAAAUGAAAUGUCGUCUCCCUCAACAGAAAUGAAGCAUUUAAGGUUAUCUUCACCGGUUAAUAAUCAUCAGGAAAACUCUUGUCAGACUACUGAUUGUUUUUCAUCAAUUACUAAUCACACUAAUGCCAUUCGGACGAGUCGCAAUAAUGCAGAGGAAAAUUUUAAUCAAAAUAAUGUUGAUAUGUCGACUCUUCAAACUAUUAAUGAAGAUUCUCUUAAAGAAUUAUUAAAUAGCAUUACUGAUAAAUAA